GUUCUAUUCCAAGUUCAGUAGGAAAUCUCCCGGUACUGGGCUUUCUUAGUCUUGCCACAAAUAACCUGACAGGGAGUAUUCCAGCAUUACAUAAUCUUUCAUAUCUCUCGGAACUCAAUUUGGCAAACAAUGGCCUGACAGGAUGCAUCCCACCUGGGUUAGGGGAACCUCACAUCACUCUCUGCCAUAUCUCUUAGCCGAAACCAUCUAACUGGCCAAAUUCCAGCAUCACUAGGGAACCUCAACUUGCUUGAACUCCUUUAUCUGGCAUUCAAUAAUCUUACAGGUCUCAUACCUCACUCCAUUGGAAACCUACACUCGCUCGCUGAAAUUGACCUCGAAAACAAUGAACUAAGAGGGCCAUUGCUUCCCUUGCUAUUCAAUCUUUCGUACCUCCAAGUUACCAAUGUAGAAAGCAAUUAUAACCUCAAUGGGUCUUUUCCAUUUGACAUGGGAAACAACCUUCCAGGUCAGGUCUUCCUUGCAGCUUAUAAUCAAUUCCAUGGUCCUAUUCCUCCCUCUUUGUGCAAUGCCUCUAUGAUUCAAAUGAUCCAGCUCCUUCAUAACUCCCUAACAGGAACAAUUCCCAGUUGCCUAGGUAUUCGCUUGAGGAGCUUGUCCGUAUUAACCAUUGCCGAAAACCAUAUUCGAGCAACACAAGAUGCCGACUGGGGCUUUGUGUCCAGCCUAAGCAAUUGCAGUAAUUUGCAGGUGUUGGAUUUAGGUGGUAAUAUGCUUGAAGGUGAAAUACCAAGUUCGGUAGGCACCCUCUCCACAAAUCUAGAAUUUCUUAACAUGCAAGAUAACAGCAUAACGGGGAAGAUUCCUGAAGUAGUGGCGAACUUGACCAAUCUGCGCGCACUUUUUCUAGAUAGUAACCAUUUAGAGGGUACUAUUCCAACCUCUCUUGGCAAGUUGAAGAGACUAAAUUUGUUAAACCUAGGAAUGAGUGACCUAUCAGGAUUGAUUCCUCCCACAUUCGGCAAUCUUACACAACUAAGCAAACUUUAUCUUGGUGGCAACAUGCUUACUGGAAGCAUACCUUCUAGUCUAUAGGGUGUCCAUUACAAAAAUUAGACCUUUCAAACAACAGCCUUGUUGGUCCAAUACCUAGGGACCUAUUCCUCAUAAACACAUUGUCCAUUAUAUGAGAAUCCAAAAGAAUCUAUUAACCGGGGAUUUGCCUAUAGAAUUAGGUAACCUAAAGAAUAUUGGGGAACUUGAUUUCUCCGGUAAUCUGAUAUCUGGAGAGAUUCCGAUCUCGCUUGGAGGGUGCCAGACCUUGCAGUUUCUGAAUGUAUCUCGGAACAACCUUCAAGGGACAAUUCCGUCAUCAAUCAUGCAGAUGAAAGCCCUAUUGAUGCUUGAUCUUUCCCAUAAUAAUCUCUCAGGGAGCAUUCCUGGCUUCCUGGAGCAUGGAAGGGCUUGCUAGUUUGAAUCUCUCAUUCAACAACUUGGAGGGUGAGGUUCCAGCAGAUGGGAUCUUCAGCAAGGCAGCUUCCGCCUCAGCCUCAAUUAUGGGAAACGAUGGCCUGUGUGAUGGAAUCCCUCAACUGAAGUUGCCACAUUGCUCCAACCUCACCACCAUGAAACCAACUCAGAGACUGGUCAUAAUAUUGUCCAUAUGUGGAGCAGUCCUACUUACUGCAUUAGUAUUUGCACUGUCGACAUUCUACAGUAAGAGCAGGAAGAUGAAAGCAAACAAGCAGACAUCAUCCAUAGGCGAGCAAUAUUUAAGGGUUUCUUAUGCUGAAGUGGUCAGUGCAACUAAUAGUUUUGCUUCAGAGAACCUCCUUGGUGCAGGAAGCUUUGGCUCGGUGUACAAGGGAACAAUGAGGAUAGAUGACCACCAAGUAGUGAUUGCUGUGAAGGUGCUCAACCUCACACAGCGAGGUGCAUCUCGAAGUUUUGUUGCAGAAUGUGAGACCCUGAAAUGUGUUCGACAUAGGAAUCUUAUGAAGAUAUUGACAGUGUGCUCAAGUAUUGAUUCUCAAAGCCAUGACUUCAAGGCCCUCGUGUAUGAACACCUACCAAAUGGAAAUUUAGACAAAUGGCUAAACAACCAUCCCAUAGAAGAUGGUGAAAAUAGGUCACCGGAUCUCCGUGUGAGACUGCAGAUUGCAAUUGAUGUAGCAUCAUCACUCGAAUACCUUCACCAACAUAAGCCAAUACCAAUUAUUCACUGUGAUCUUAAGCCCAGCAAUGUUCUCCUCGAUGGUGAAAUGAUUGCUUAUGUUGGUGAUUUUGGGCUUGCAAGGUUUCUACAUCAAGACUCAGAGAAAUCAACUAGUUGGGCAUCAAUGAGAGGCACAAUAGGCUAUGCCGCUCCAGGUGAGCUUUUAGCAUUUGUAGCACUUAACUCUCUUCUAAAAUAA